UAGAGGAAAUACCGCUUCCAAAUGAGCUCAGCAUUUGUUUUGAAUCCCUGAGUAGAAAAAAUGACAUGACCAAAGUACCAUGUACAGAAAUCCAAUGGCUCUGCAUGCAGAAAAGCCUGUGGAGACUUGUCGACCACAGCAUCAUGAAUAUUUCCGAUGUUGACAGAAAAUGGAUCGAUGCCAUACUUCAAAUUCCAGAUUUCAGAAGUGCUACAAGUGCUGCUACAUCCACAACAGGAACCGGAACUGCAACUGGAAGUGGUAGGAAAAGGCGCCAAGCUGCAGCUUCACUGCGCAUUCGAACAGAGUAUCGAAUGUUGAAUGACCUUGAAAGGGAUCAAUAUCAUCGUGCUGUUAAUACACUGAAGCAGCUCCCUAUUGGAAACGUGUCAAGGUAUGACUUUAUAGCCAACAUCCAUCGUGGAGACGCAAUUCCAGUGGCUCAUUUCAGUCCAAACUUUCUAGGAUGGAAUAGAGUUUACCUUUUGAUAUACGAGAAUGCUUUGCGCCAGAUCGACCCUACAGUAACUGUGCCAUACUUUGCGUCAGACUUAGACGAUCCUUUAGAUGAUCCAACACACAGUGUUAUCUGGUCAGAUAUAUUUAUGGGGAACGGUGAUGGUGUUGUCAAGACUGGUCCGUAUGGGAACUGGAAAACACCAUCAGGACCUCUUGUCAGGAACAUUGGUAGCAUGGGCCAGCUUUUAUCAAGUAGCAGAAUUGGACGAAUAUUAAGUAAAAAUCGAACUGAAGAAAUAUCUGAACCAACAGCUCAAUACGACACAAAUCUUGAACGACAACAGUAUUUGGUAAAUCGGUGGAUAGGUGGUGGAGGUGGACAAAUGUCAGACCUAAAUUCCGCUGCGCAUGAUCCAGCCUACUUUAACCAUCUUGCUUAUGUUGACUAUAUUUGGGAACAGUUUCGAAUGUUGCAACGUCAAAAAGGAAUCAAUCCUGCCAAGGAUUAUCCUGUUGGGCGUGGAAUACCAAGUACUACUGAACCAAUUGGUUUUGGAACUCUUCAAAAUAUAGAUGGUUACAGUAGUUACUUCACUGAGUCAGUUUACACUUAUGAAUACCUACCAGAAUGUUCCAUUGAUCAUACAGAUUGUGGAUCAGUGUAUCUUAGGUGUGAUACCAGUGUACAUGUUCCUCAAUGUGUUUCACUCACUCGACAUGAAUGGAACUUACAUCUAAAGGCCACUGGUCAACUAGGUACUAGUCCUAGUUUGGGAGGAUUCAGCUUCGGUCAGAGCGCCCUUCCAGUGCAAUCAAAUAGUAAUCAGUGUCCAUCGUCCGAUAGAGGCAUACAGAAUAGAUACAGAGUGGAUGAUAUGACAGAUAUAAGAGAAUGGGUGUACAUUCCCGUAGAAAUCCUCAGUAGAAGACCUCCUGAAAAAACGAUUUAUGAUUCCUAUCCAGUUUUCCAUAGUAACGUCAUUUACGACGGCGAUGUCUAUUCACCGGAUGCCUACCGUGUUUUGAGAAACACUCUACACACUGUGCGAUUGGGAAAAUAUGACUAUUGUAAAGACACUUCUUCAAAUGCUGGUAAAAUAUUCAUCAAAUCUGAGGGACUUAAUUAUUAUGGUUCUUACCAAGAAUAUGCAAUAGUUGACAACAGAAUGGCCCUGUCGUCUUCAACAGCGUAUGUGGCGGUUAGGUCACCAGAGCUAGGAAUGACACAAACACUCAUUACUGCGCAUGACUCGUGUGGUAGAAUGUGUUCUGCUUACUGUAAAAUGAAAGGGCGAAUAGAAUAUCAACCAUGUCAUGGAGCAUUGCAGAUGACGUCUGCAACACCAAAACAGUACAGUGUGAAUUUCGGGGAAGUAAUUGAGGAUACUUGGGAAUUUUAUAAAAAGAGAUAUUUUCCAAGAGUGAAAGUAGAUAAUGUUUUUAUAAAGUUUUUCUGUAGUUAUAAUGAAUACUGGCCAAAGAAAAUAGAAAAACCACCAACCGUCAUGUCAUCCAAGAAAACCAGCAAUCAGAACAUGCAUCAACUAAAGAGUUCAGGCGUUCAGGGAGGAGUUAAAAAGACUGGAACCCAAGUUAAACCAUCCAUCCGACUUAAUACUGGUGUACAGCCACAAAGAACCAAUACUGUAUCACUGCCACAAAGGACCAAAACUGCACCUCAGCAAAGGACCAAUACUGCACCGCAGCAAAGGACCAAUACUGCAUCUCAGCAAAGGACCAAUACUGCACCUCAGCAAAGGACUAAUACUGCACCUCAGCAAAGGACUAAUACUGCAUCCCAGCAAAGAACCAAUACUGCACCCCAGCAAAGGACCAAUGCUGCACCCCAGCAAAGAACCAAUACUGCACCUCAGCAAAGGACUAAUACUGCACCCCAGCAAAGAACCAAUACUGCACCCCAGCAAAGAACCAAUACUGCACCUCAACAAAGGACCAACACUGCUACUCAGCAAAGGAUGUCUCAAAUCAAUUCACCGCCAAUUGUAUCUUCAAAUAUGGGAGCAAACACACAUCAAAGCCAAAACCAGAUGCUAUCUAAUUCAGUAUCCACACAAAAUACAGGUCAGGGAGGGAUACGAAAUCCAGGCUGUUUACUUGGACAUGGCUGUAUUGUUGCAGGCUCAUGCAGAACGUGUACACAUGGUCAGAAAAUAGCAUGCAUCAAAUCUUCAACAUUGUUUGCUCAUUGUCAAGGCACUUCAUUACUCAUCAGACGUUGUCUAUCUAAUAGUCGUUUUGAUUCUGUUACAGGCACAUGUCUAAUGUAAUUAAUGUAAAUGGAAUAAGAUUAUAAGAUUGUCGCAUGAUAACGUUUUGUUUUAAAAAAAAUGUUAUAAUUUGCAGUGAUCUUAGUAGUCAUUGUUGUUGUUACAAACCAGCACGAUUUGUAAACUUAUUAACACCAUGGAACAACGAGAAUCAUAAGAAUUAAGAUACAGGCAUAAAACUGAGGUUUCAACGUGCUAAUGCAGCGAACAAUAUUUUUUGGCAGUAUAUUAUUUUGUUUAUGUUACAAUGCACACAGUACUCCAAUUAAAUAUAGCAUUGCCAGAAUUUAAAAUUAGGAUUCCAAAGGAUCUUACUUGGCGUAUUUUCGUUCAAUAUAAAAUUAAGUUAAAUCUCUUACGAAAAAAACACUUGCUGGUGGAAAAGUAAAAUUUUGAAAAUGAUAUAAGUUAGUGUCAGGAGCAUGACCGUGAAUACUUAGGAUAAAAAGUAUUGCAUAGUUACAGUAAAAACUGUUCUCCUCCGCGGGAGGGACACUGUUGUAAACCAUUCCAAUUGAUAAUCAUCGAAUCGUAGAGAGGAUAGAAAAUACUUGCAAGCAUAUGACAGUUCAAAUUAAUGGAACAAAUUGUCCAAUUAAGAAUUGUGUUCUUAUAUUUUAUAAAGAAGAGUGUUGUUAUUCUUGUUUUAUCGUGCCCUUUUCUUAUGUUUAUACAUGUAUUUUUAGAAUAAAAUUCUGAAUGAU